ACCCUUUUGCCCUAACACAAAACAAAUUCUCUUUCUCUCUCUUGUUCUUCUUCUUCUUCUUCUUCUUCUUCUUCCUCUUUUUCUCUGUUUGUACAAUUUUCUGAAAUUCUCAGAGGUGUUGCAGAAAGUUUUGUCUCGGAUCCCUAUAUACUCCUCUCUUUCUCUCUCUUCUUCUUCUUCAUUUCACUCCAUUAACGACAAACUGUCUCUUAUUCAUCAUCAAAUUCGAUCAAAAUUGAAUCCCAACAAUUUCCACUAUCGAUCUCACCUCGCGGCUUCUGUUCUUUCUAAUUACUGCUGUUUUUGUGUUAAUUUUACUCUACUGCGGGUUUUGUGGGGGUUUGAAAUGCAAGAAGCUGGGUUGGGAAUCAUGAAUGGUGGUGCGUCUAGCGGUGAUGUUUUGGUUUCCGGUGAGGGGGUUCAUAAUGCCCAACUCAAGGCGGAGAUUGCUACUCAUCCACUUUAUGAGCAGCUUCUUUCCGCUCAUGUUGCUUGUCUUCGUGUUGCUACGCCGAUUGAUAAGCUUCCGAUGAUCGAUGCUCAGCUUUCUCAAUCGCAUCAUGUUUUGCGCUCUUAUGCUUCCUCUCUUCAAAAUGCUCAUUCCUUGUCGCCUCAUGACCGCCAGGAACUCGAUAAUUUUCUGGCUCAGUAUAUGAUCGUUUUGUUCUCUUUCAAAGAUCAGCUUCAACAGCAUGUGAGAUUUCACGCAGUGGAGGCUGUUAUGGCCUGCCGUGAAAUUGAAAGUACUCUACAAGCUCUAACAGGAGUAAACCUUGAUGAAGGCACUGGUUUAACAAUGUCCGACAAUGACGACGAUGAUGUUCCAAUGGACUUCUCACUCGAUCAAUCUAGCACUGAUGCACACGACAUGAUGGGGUUCGGACCGCUGCUUCCGACCGAAUCCGAAAGGUCGUUAAUGGAGAGGGUUCGACAAGAACUAAAGAUUGAGCUGAAACAGGGUUUCAAGUCAAGAAUUGAAGAUGUGAGAGAGGAAAUAUUGAGAAAAAGAAGGGCAGGGAAGCUACCUGGGGAUACAACUACAGUUUUGAAGAACUGGUGGCAGCAACAUUCUAAGUGGCCUUACCCAACUGAAGACGACAAGUCGAUGCUGGUGGAGGAGACGGGUUUACAGCUGAAACAAAUAAACAAUUGGUUCAUCAACCAAAGGAAGAGAAACUGGCACAGCAACACUCAGUCAGUGACAUUCUUGAAGUCCAAGCGCAAGAGAUAAUAAAAACAACAACUUUCAUCAAAUUAUAUGAAAUAUUUUUAUAGCUUUGGGAAAAAGUUCCGACAAAAAGAGUGACAGAAACAUAGGAUUAAGAACAUUGUGACAGAGAUUGGAUUAACAUGUCUUUUGUUUAAGGUUGUAAAUUGUUCCUUUUUAACACAUCAAAUUCAAUGCAAAAGCAAAAAUAAGUGAAUAUUGA